CUUCCAUUCCCCAGCCAAACAGCCUGGGACUGCGUGUCUGACCACUCGGCUUUGGCGUGAACAAUGCUGGUUUGCUGAUCUGAAAUCCGUCCGUAGCGAGGAGCACCAGCGAACAUGAAAGGGUUUGGGCUAUUUCUUGCAUGUCUACUUUGCAUCUUCAAGAAGGGUUUGCAGUCCAAUGGCUGGUCCAUUCAGGUUCCAUCAGAUGCUACUGGUGAGAUUGGAAAGGCGGUUGUUCUGCCCUGUACUUUCACACACCCCCACAAAACAUAUGACCGGACCCUCACAGCCAUUUGGAGGAUCAAGGAACCUUACGAUGGGAUGGUGGUGUUCAAAUGCGUUACUCACAGCUUGAGCGACCUCUGUAAAACUGCAGUGAGCUACAAGAACAAGUACAAACUGAUUGGGAACCCCAGGCACAAUAAUCUCUCCAUCAAGAUCGACAACCUGACCUGGAGCGACAGCAACAGAUACUUCUGCCGGGUGGAGUUUUCUGGGGAUCUUCAUGACAAGUACGAAAGCAGGACUGGGAUAAGGCUCCAUUUGACAGCUGCUCCCAGGAUUGUUAACAUCACCAUCGGCUCCAACCAGGACCGUACCUUCAGAGCGCGGUGUACAGCCGAAGGGGAGCCAUUGCCCUCUCUGACAUGGACCGGCCCUCUCUUCAGCAAUGCCACAUCAGUCACAAGCGUGAACCACCAGAUAACCAAAGAGUUGCGCUCCCUGACUCACGAUGGAAAAUACACGUGCACGGCCGUUAACAGCCACGGGCGAGCGGAGGGAGCCGUGUAUUUCUAUAAAUUCAAAGCGGCGAGCAGCUCCUUGAUUGUGAUCGUGAUGUUUGUAACGCUAGGAAUAAAAGUACUGGUGUUGCUGGCGAUAUUAGGAAUUGCUGUUUUUUGGAGGGCAGGUCAUGUCACAGCCCCAUCCAGACUGUCCAGGCAACAAGCGCAAGACUCUACAUAUGAAAAUUUUGAUCGCAGAAACAACUGUGGCAGUAGGAGUUUGCCGACAGAAUGACCUACAGCAACUUGGCCUUUGGAAUCUGGACCACAUCAUUUUCACGUGUUUACACAUGUUGAUCUACUAUUCAUUACAUGUAAAACAAAACA